AAUGUUAUGACUAACACAGAAAUGUGUCUUAAUGACUGUGUAAGUCAGACUGACAUUUUCCACUCUGUUAGUUCUUUAUUUGAAAUUAACACAUGGCUUCUUUUCCAAUAGAAACCCCAAUUCUGGAGCAGAAAGCAGAAGAAUGAGGCAGAGGCUUUUGCUCAUUACCGCCAAACACAUACAGCAAAUGAACGCCGACGUCGCAAUGAAAUGAGAGAUCUUUUUGAAAAGCUAAAAAGAGCACUAGGACUGCAUAGCCUCCCCAAGGUCUCCAAGUGCUACAUCCUAAAACAAGCCUAUGAAGAGAUCCAGGGGCUGACUGAUCAGGCAGAUAAACUGAUUGGGCAGAAGAACUUACUGACUCGCAAACAAGACAGUCUGAUUCGUAAAGUAUCCACACUUUCAGGUAAGACAGAAGAAGUGGUUCUGAAGAAGUUAGAAUACAUUUAUGCCAAACAGAAAGCGGUAGAAGCACAAAAGAAGAGGAAACAAGUUGAACCAGAGGAGACUGUUGUGACCAUGAAACCCAGCAGAGAGCAAGAAGGAUCCUCCACUUCUUCCAAAGAGUUGGGACAAAUGAUUGUGACAAAUAGGCGAGGGAAGCCAUUAAUACUCGCGAGGAAAGGAGGCCAGGCUGCCGUGGAAACCACAUCCUCUCCUGUUACGUUAACUACUGCCAGCCUAGUGAUGACUCCACAAGGGCAGGUGCUUACACUGAAGAGUUCCCUGAUGCCAGGACAGGUAGCCACUGUUCCUUCCACACUCCUGCAAGCUGAGCUAAAGCCUCAAGUUGCUAGCAACACAGUUACAACACAGCCAGGUAUUGCAUCCGUGAUGAUUCAGCUACCGUGCUCAACUGUUCCUGUCCAAGUGAAAGGUAUCCUCGCUAACUCAGCUAUUCCCAUUACACUACCAACCAUUGCAAGUAACCCAGGGCCCCCACCUGUUGGAUCAGCUGCAGAACUUGCUUCAGGUAAGUUCUCCAUUCACAAAUCCUUGUGUGAGGCUAUCAAAAGUUCUCUUUAAAAUAUUUAGGGUCGG